AUGAUAAGCAGACAACAAUCAGUGAUGAUGUUAAGCAAUAACAGCAAUGGAAGACAGAGCAGCAGAAUGUCAACAAUGAGUUCUGCAUCAGGCGACAGCAGCAGCAGCAGUAGGUCAUCGAUGUUGAGACCAAAACCGAUAAAACAAGAAAAAAAUAACAUUGUAUCAAAGAAUAGUCAUAAGAUUUGGUGUAUUAUAAAGGUUCAGAGCAUUGUUCGUAGAUGGUUAGCAAUGAGAAAAUUCAAAAGAUUGUUAUUGGAUUAUAGAAAAGAGAAUAAUGGUACCAUUGCUGCCGAUAGUGUAGAUAUAGCUAAUCAUAAUCAAUCAAAUAUUGAUCAAAACAACAACAACAACAAUAGUAAUAGCAAUGAUGAAUCACAAUCUUCAUCGUCUUCAUCUAUAUUAGAUGAUGAAUUGAUAGAAAUUGAAAGUGUAAAGAAUAAUGAAACUGAUUUGGCAGCGGCAUAUAAUAAUAGUAGUUAUGGUAGUCUUCAUCAUCAUAAUAAUCAUCAUCAUAUUGCGAGUGAAGAAAUUGUAGAUAAAUUAAAAUUAAUAUCACUAAACAACAGCAACACUGUCGAACAGACAACAACAAUGACAACAACAACGACGACAACAAGCACGCCGAUUUCUAGUAGAUCAUCUUCAAUGUCUAGUUGUAUAUCAUCAUCAUCAUCAAUUACAUCACAUAAUCAUCAACAUCAACCAUCCUCCAACUCCACUAAUAAUAAUAAUAAUAAUAAUAAUAAUAAUAAUAAUAAUAACCAAACAAACAACAUUUCAUUGUCAGUAUCAGCACCUCUGAGCACAUUUAACAACAAUUGUGCAAGAAUAGCAAAUAGUACAAAUACUAGUUCAAGUAGUCUAAACAGUGAAAUAUUAUCACUGUCAUUAACAUCAUCACAGAGAACAGCAUCACCUGUCACUACUGGACUAUCGGCACGUAAAAGAAUUAUAAACGAGCUCUUAAAAGUGGAACGUGGUUAUGUGUCUGACAUGAAUACUUUUAUCGAUGUAUUUUAUGCACCGAUUAAAGAGUUUUCUCUUCUCACUGCCGAUUACCUUUUCAUGUUGUUUUGCAAUAUCGAAGAGAUUAGAAAUACGCACAUUAAACUUUUGGAAGAGUUGGAAAAAUGUCAUCUUAAUUGGUCAGAUGAUUCAACUAUUGGAAAUAUAUUUAUGCCUUUUAUGGGAGAAUUUCAAAAAUUAUAUGAAAUCUAUAUAAACAACUAUGAAAAGGCAUUUGCAAUGACUAAAUUUAUACAAACUAGUACAAGUUAUUCGGCAUUGCAUAAAAUGAUAUUGGGUUGGGAGAAUGACGCGAGAUGUAGAAAUUUAGAUUUUGGUAGUUUUUUGGUGCUUCCCGUACAACGUAUGCCACGUUAUACAUUGUUACUCAAAGAGAUUGAAAGGCAUACACCACAUGACCAUCCAGACUUUAAUUAUACUGCUCUAUCUCUUUGUCAAUUACACGAUCUCACUCUCUAUCUCAACGAGUCCAAGCGUACUGCUACCAACACUGAAAAGGUACAAGAAGUACUGACUACCAUCAAACAAAAGGGUUCAGAUCAACCACUCUUUCACGAAGCAAACAACGCAAAAUUCAUUCAAGAAGGUCAAUUAUCUCUAUUAAAGGGAAUAGUUGCAUCUACAAAGAAAGAUCUCCAUGUAUAUUUAUUUAAAGAAUGUUUAAUCUGUACUGAAAUUGAUAAUAGUAGCAAUAGUGGCAGCAGUAGCAGUCUUGGAGGUAGCGUCAAUCAUCAUCAUCAUCGUCAAAACAAGACACUACCACAUCAACCAACCAACAUAUCACCUGUAUCUACACUUCAACAUCAUCAAUCAACUCUAUCACUCAUGACACCACCCUCUCCAUCAUCAUCAUCAUCAUCAUCAUCAACAUCGACUACACUUUUAUCUGCACCAAAUAGCAAUCAAUAUCGAAAAACACUAUUUAAAUGUAUUAAAUUCUCUGAUAUCAAAGCUAUUUCAAUUUUAAAAAAUUUUAAGGAUUCAUUCCAAGUUGUAACAUCAAAAAAGGUAUAUACAUUUGUCGCCAACACAACAGAACAAAGAGAUAAAUGGAUAGCAGUAAUGACAGAAUGUAUGAACGAAUUGCAAACACCAAAAACACCACAAUCACCUUCACCAAAAUUAAAUCACCGAAAAUCAAUGCAAAUAUCAUCAUCUACGACCAACGAUAGUAAUUCACCAACUACUACACCUUUUUCACCAUCAAACAAAGAUAAUCAACAACAACAACAACAACAACAACAACAACAACAACGACCUCUUUCUCCUACGAUUAAUGGUGAAAGUAGUAAUAGUAAUAGUAAUAGUACAGGUAGUUCCCCAUCAUUUGGAUCAUUAAGAAAGAAAUAUCGAAACAGUGUACAAUUGUUUUCGUCUGGACUUAUGAGCCCAAAUAAAUAA